CUCUGACGUCACACGCGUGUGGAAGCAGUGCUUGGGAGCGGUGCACGCGUCCGCCCGGCCUGAGCUGCUCCAAACUCAAACAGAUCACGGUGUAGGCCCUAAGCCCGGUGAUCUGCACACAUCUUGCGUGUUCCAUCGACAUCUGGCACAUUGGUGCAUACACGAGUCAACAGGGGUAUCUCCCAGCUCGUGCUCUGAACAUUGCAAAACAUUCAAACGUGCACAGCUUGCAUGCACGGCGCGGGUGCACGGGGUUCAGCAUUGUAUUCCUCAACCUGGUUCAUUGUCCAUUCUAAAACUGGCAUUGACGUUGAACUUUUCCUCGCGGGUUUCCCCUUCUUUGAUGGUCCUUACAAGUCUGACGGCCUUCUUUCUUCUCGUAAUCCACCAAGAAAUCGAGACUCAUCAGACCAGGCAACAUUUUUCCAGUCUUCAACUGUCCCAUUUUGGUCAUCACAAUGAAGUUGGUCAUCCUUAUGUGCCAGCUUGGCCUCAUUCUGAGGACCGAGGCACAGAUACCGGAUCGGUGCAUUUUCAGCAAUACAAACAGACCUCCAGAUAACUCUGAUAUAACUGUGAUUUGUGGCACUGAGUAUAUGGACCUGAGAAUCUACCUUUGCCCCAUGUACCAAGCUCUUUAUAAUGAGACACUGAUGGUCCUCAAUAAUCAGUUCAACACACCUCAGUGUUUUGGGACUGCUGACUGGGCCAUUGACCCACCUGUUUUAAAAUUCAGAUUCCCCAUAAAUGACAGUUCCAUCUCAUCUUGCAAUAAUAACUUUAAGAUAAUCAGUCAGGUUGGGAGUGGACAGUUUGCAGACUUCUCAAAUGUCCAGUUCGUCAACGUCUCUGGCAGUGUUACGUCUUUAGACCCCACUGCAGGUAUGAUCACCUAUCGCCCGCAGAUCGUGUACAAGUUCUCCUGCUUGUACCCGAUGCAGUAUCUCCUGAACAACUCUGAAGUGAGCGUAGCAGGUGUGAAUCUUGCCAUAAGAGACAACAAUGGUAGCUUCAUCAGCACACUGAAAAUGCACCUCUACAAAGACGCACUGUACCAAGAGAAGCUUACUAUCCCGCAAUCAGGACUCAACCUGAAGACCAAGAUUUAUGUUGCAGUUCAGGCUAGGAAUCUAACAGAAAGGUUCAACGUGCUGUUGGACAGAUGCUACGCCACAACAAGUCCAUUUCCCGACCUCAGAACAUAUUAUGACCUUUUUGUAGGGUGUACACGUGACCCACAAACUAGGGUAGAGCACAAUGGAGUAUCUCAGGUUGCACACUUCUCCUUUGAGGCCUUCAGAUUCAUGGAGCACAAAAAUCUCACAAUUUCCACUUUCUACCUGCACUGCGUCACCAGACUUUGUGAGGUGUCCUCGUGUAGCAGAUUAUUGCCUAACUGUGGAGGUUCCAAUAGGAGAAAGAGAGAGGUCGAGGAUAUGCUGACCAACACUACAGUCACCUCGCCUGCCAUUAUUGUGGGAAAACAGAGCGUUGGAGAGAUUCAAACUUUGUUGUCUUCUUCCGGUAUGUCAUCUCAGAACUACAAUACCCCUUUGGUGGCUGUAAUUGUCUGUAUCGUCAUCCUAACUAUUCUCCUCGGUGCCAUGGCUGUUUACUUUGCUUUGCACAUCAGACAGAGAAAACACAUGAUCCAGUAACAUCCCCUGACUGAGAGUGGAGUCCCUUCAAUCUCCCAAACUGCCAGUUUAACACUUCAUCAUCUACAAAGCAUGGCAGUUAUGCUGCAGAUAAAAGUAAAACAAGUCACGAGAAAUAAUAGUCAACAAUAGUAAUAUCAUAAUGUCAAACUACUAUUUAGCUUUUUCCAUUUCACAAACAGCAAUAUAACACAGUGGUCAGCCUUUCAACUUUUUAAUCAAAUAGUUAACUAAUGUGGAGAUGGGGGCACAGAAUCUGUACAAAAAAUGUGUAUUAUAAUUGUUAGCUGUAAUGAUGGUGUCAGUCAUGUUGAAGUAUUUAAUGAAUGGUGUUAUCUUUUGUUGUCAGUUAGAAAUAGUUUACUUAUAAAGUAUUUUCAAUGACAAUAGAAAUAACUCUAUACAUACUUUAUUCUUUGAUAAAACUCCAUUAAACUUUU